AUGCCCGGAAGUAGAGCUGCCGGUGUGAAGGGCUGUGCCUUCUCAGGCUUUCGCGCCCCCGGGUAUGCGGCCACCAUGCCCUUGCUCAACAGUAACAGCGAACGCCAGCUAGCAGGCUUCGUCGUCGUCACCAUCGGAUGGACCCCGGGCACCGCGGCCGUGGGCCUGGCGGAGUGUCCAGUGCGGUGCAGCGACACUGCCGCGCUCUCCCCGCCGGGCCGGCCCGGCCCGCGAACUCUGAACGUAGCUGCCAGCCUCUGUAUCUCGAUGACUGUGGUCUGGAAUUACCGCUCCGUGAUGAAUGAAGAGGAGGUUGCCUUCCCACCACCUCUCAACGUGCCCUUCAAGCCAGAUACUCAGCAAACUGGUGGCGACGUCCUCCUGCGUGUGUGGCUGCCUUCACGCUGUUUUCAACCUGAAAUGAAGCACUUGUUCUUCAAAGUGAUGGGCCUUUUUCUUAGUUACUUGGCCUGGGGUUUCGGCAUAAGCCUAGCCAGAAGCAGAUCCUGGCGCAUGAGGGAGUUUGAUAGCAAGACUGUUCCCAUUGUGUUCAUUGGACUUUGGGAACCUUUCUAUUUUCAGAAAUUCAACAUCUCUGGCUCAAUAGCUGAGUUGCUGAUGCAUAGCAAGAUCAACUCGAGCUGGGUCAUUUCAGAUGAAAUCUGGUGUGGGCAGGACCUGAUGCUGCUGGCCAAUUUUAUGAUGUCUGCGGUCCUGAUUUUCGGCUCAGUGGCACUUUCAGUCAGCUGGAUCAAGGCCCCGUACCCAGGUUUCCUCCAACUGCACUACAACACUGCUGCCUUCUUCCUUUUACUCAGCUGUGGUUGUACCAUGAUUACCGUGAGCUGGAAUUUCACUGUGGAAUUUUAUGGUGAAACCAUCCUUGACUUUCCAAUUACCUUUUCUAUUAAAAGAGAAAUGCUAACAAAGAAAUGUUUCUCUUACAUGUUCCCACUAGGAAUCACAACUACUAUCCUCUCGCUACUAAGUGCCACCAUGUUCUCCUGUGAAACAUGUCCACUAAAGCAGUGGACUCUAGUGAAACCCUUGGCUGUGGCCAACUGUAGAAAACAAGAAGUCUGGACAAAGGCCUACUCUUUGGAAUGGCUGGGGAUAGUUUUCUUGAAGAAAUUUCUACAUAUGUGUCAUAUUGUCAUAAUCACUUUUUUAUGUAAAAUAAAAUAUAUUUGGUUUUUCAGGGUGCAUCUGAAACGAUAA